UGUGUGUAUUUUCAACAACUCCCAUAUCCCAUUCAUGCAUCAGUGAUUAGGUAAUAGGCUUAUUUCCAUCCUGGAAACCAUAUUUUUGUGUAAUCGAAUAUUGGCCCUAUCAAAACUACUACGAGACUUAAGCGUUUCUACCCUUCUUUUAAGAAAAAUGGUGAUUUUGCCCUUAGUUUUUUAACUUUAUGAUUUUACCCCUGCUUUUUCAAAACGAAGCGUUACUCUACCCCUGGUCUGUUAAGCCCCUCUAAUGCUGUUAACUUUUGGACAAAAGGACAACUUUGCCCAUGCGUUUUACCCCUAAUUUAUUUAUUAUGAUAUUUGUGUUUUUACCCCUAUUUUAGAUCGGCAAGUUCACAUUUUGUGUACAGAUUUUUUAGAAAAAAUUGACAGCAUUUCAGCUGACAGUCCAUUAAACACAAUUUAUUACCACACAACAAAUUAAUUUCACACAUAUAUAUUGCAUUAGCUGCAACAACUAGAUCCAUAUAACAUGCCAUCACAGUACCAUAUUAGAUGCUAACAUAGAGGUCCAAAUAAUAUGUCAAACACCAACAUAUAGAUCUAAAUGACACGUGAAACAAAAGUACAACUAGUAGCGAGUUUCCGAGGCAACUAGCAGUGAGCUACAUAUCAACUAUAGAAACUCAACAAAGUAGCAAGCCUCCCAAAAAUUGCUCCUAUUCCGCUUCUUCUUGUUCCCCUUCCUAAAGCACUUACACUUUGUAUGAAAAAGAGCAUAAGAGCAUCUCCAGUGGUUUGCUAAACACACUUGCUACCUUGUAUAAUUUGGCAAAACUAGACAAAUGACCCAUCCAAUGGUUUGCUAAACAACUUGCCAAAAAAUGGCAACUUGCUAUUCUCCAGCCAUCCACGCGCAAAUUUGCGCGCUUCCUUCCGCUUGCUAUCGCGAGGUGCGGGCGCCGGCGGCCUCCUCUCCCGCACAAGGCAUGAAUUUUCAUCGUACGCAAGAAGACGAUUCCCCUGGCAAUCGGCGAGUCACGCGCGGCGGCCUCCAUCCUCCAUCAUCGUCUUUCGGCGUCCGCCCUCUAGCGUUAGCCCUGCGUCGUCAGGCGCAGUUCGUCCUCGCCGUGCGCCAUGGCUGGACCGCGGCGUGGCAGCUCCUGAUGCGGCAGCUGGCGCCGUCUGACCCCACGACGGGCGCCUUCACCCGCACCGCUGCCCGCUUCCCCGUCGUCGCGAGGGAGCCCAGCUCCCGGCUCCACCUCUACGUGGGCCUCCCCUGCCCCUGGGCGCACCGCACCCUCGGUCGCGCGCUUCUCGGUCUUGAGGCCCGCCUCCCGGUCUCCGUAACCGUCCCCGGGGACGACGGCGCGUGGUCCUUCACGCCCGGCAGCCCCAACCGGCUCUACGGCAAGCGGAAGCUCCGAGAGGUGUACACCCUGCGGAGCGGCGGGUUCGAGGGCAGGGCCUCCGUGCCCAUGCUCUGGGAUGCCGAGCGCCGCGAGGUGGUCUGCAACGAGAGCAUCGAGAUCGUCAAGUUCCUCUGCGGCCUCGUGGGCGACGGCGCCGGCGGCCUCGACCUGUGGCUGCCGGAGCUGCGCCAGGACAUCGACCGCUGGUACGGCCUCAUCUACCCCAGCAUCAACAACGGCGUGUACAGGUAUAUUCAGAACUGGAUUCCUCUGCCCCAUUGCCCUGAUCAGAUCGUCAAUCGCAGCAACUGAAUUCUCUGAUCCUAACUGCGAACGGCUUUCAAAUUAUCAACUCCAGUCAAAGUUAGUUGAUGAAGUGGGCCUACUUUUUCUAAUUUACCAAGCCCAAAUAGCAAACCAUUGGAGAUACUAAGAUUUUCCACUUGCUAUAUGUUUUGGUCAGUUGUCAAAUCACAAGAUUUGGCAAGUGAUUUUUACCAAACCACUGGAGAUGCUCUUAUAUUAGUAAAGUUACUAAAAUAUGUAGUAAAGAUAAGGUGCUACUUUGUAUCAUUAUUGGCCUCUCUUAACCCUCUUCCCCUUCCCCUUCCCCUCCCCCUUCCCCUUCGUGUGUACCCACUUAACAAGAAUACAGUAAAAGCAAGUUAAUAUAGGUGGCAACGCUGAAAUUUGCUAGAAAAAUAGUAACGAACAGCAGUGAAUCACAUACAUUGUCUCAUUGUUGUCCUCUGCUGAAACCCUUCCUCUUCCCCUUCCCCUUCCCCUUCCAGUCGCAGUACCACUUGCACUUGGACUAAAUCUUUGUUCGAAGAAUUGCUAGUACACGUAAAUAUGAAUAAUUGGGCUAAAUAAAUGAAAUUGGGCAACAAUCCAUAUAUGACUCACAUUAGGUCAUUGAUUCCUUGUCCUGAUCCAUCUUGUGAUGUUGACUACCUCUGCUUUUGAUUUAGCCUACAAUUUCCAAUUUACUGUGAUUUAGCCUACAAAUCACAAUAGGGAAGAAACAAGUCAACACAUCGACUAAUCAUGGCUAUUUUUGUACUGCAUUGAAGCACACAUCACAGAAAUUGCUGAAAAAACCUAGGCUCUUCCAUGGUGGCUGACUAGAGCUGUCGGCCGAGAUGCUGCUAUAGCAGCCUGCAGCCUACAAGGUGGGGCUAGGCGAGACCCCCAGCCGCACCACCAAGGCUGUGAGCUGGAGGUUGUGGGCUGGGUGGAUCCCGCCGGAGACCAUGCGGCGCCUCCCACCUAGUAGUUGUGCAACCGGUGGAGGAUGAGACGAGCCAGGGGAAGCGGGCUGGAGGGAGGAGGAGACGAGCCGAGGGAGAAGCGGGCAGAGAGAGGAGGAGCAGCACCGCCACUUGCUGUGCCACUACCGCUUGCCAGGCCACCGGGUAGUGAAACCCUAACACGAGUGCAUGUGACUAGCCGUGAGUCACGACUCCCUUCGUUGGAGAGAUUCAAGCGACCAUGACCAAGGGGAAAGGGAGUGAGGGGUACUAUGGUCUUUUUGUGUAGGUGCCUUUUCUUUUUUUUUAACUAUUUAAUCUAGUCAUUUUAGACGGUGUUACAAAGCAGGGGUAGAUGGGAGCUUUGUUUGAAAAUAAGAAGGUUAAAAUCACAAAGUUAAAAAAGGAGGGGUAAAAUCACCAUUGGACUAUGGAAUAAGGGUAGAAACACCAAAUUCCCUACUAUAAUAGUAGAACCCUUUUUUACAAAUGCUUUCAGAAAACAUAGUUAAUAAAUAUUACUCCCUCUAUUCGUUUAUAUCUUUCACUAACAAACAUAAUAGGAACAGUGGAAGCAGCAGAUAUUAAUACAAAGCUAGUUGUGUCUAGUGGUCAGUGCCAUCAGCUCUCUUUCAAAUUGUAUUUUUAGUAUCCAACUAAGGAAACAGACUUGCAAACUUUAUAUACAUAACCAAAACUAAACCUCUUUACU